UUACCAUUUUUCUCAGUCCACUCAGCUGAAGCUUCAAGGUUGAAACUUUCUCCAGAAAAAAUGAAACUUGGUUGAAAACCAUUUCUUUUCACUGUAAUUUAACAUACCCCAUGUCAUCACUUCUUUAUUUUCUUCUUUCUUUCCGUUUGUUUACUGAGAAACUAUGGGAAAAGUAAAGGUGCUGUCUAGGGUCUCUUUUUUUCCUUUCUGUUUUUUAUUCGGCUUAAGACUUGCAUUCUGUUGUUGUUUCUCUGUUUGUCUGUAUACCCAGAUUAAGGAUUAGGGUUUCGAUUUUGUUUUUGUGGUGUUUAUAUAUGAACUGAAAUAGUUUUAUGUGUUUUCAGGGUUUAAACGUUUGAGUUUUAUAAAUGAGCUUAAUUUAACUUGCAAUGGAGGUAUUAUCUCAUGAAUUUGAGGUUCAUUCUUGUUUUUGGGUUAGUGUUUUAAGGCUGUUUUCUCGUGAUUCAAUCUUUUAUAUUUUGGGUCAGAUUGUUCUGAUGGAAGGGAAGCUGGUCUCUGUGCAAUAUGCUCUGCUUUUGACUGAUUUUAUGCUCCAUCUUGUAUCUUCUGAUACUGAGUGUGUUAGGACGAGGGUUUACAUGAGGAGUAGAACUAAGAGAAAAGGGAUUGUUGGCAGUAAAUCAAGAGGGACUCCUGGAGAUCAACAAACCAGCGAAGAAGCAGUAGGCCAACUUCAACAGAGAAUAGAGGCAGCAAACACGCCAAAAGCUGAUGUGGCAAUACAGGAGUGGGAAAGCAAUAGUGAGAAUCCUGUUAUAUAACUGGAGGAGGAAGAAAUAAGGGAGGCAGGCAAUUAAGAAGGAAGAGAGUGAUAGGGAGAGGCCAGCCUCUCGAAAGCUGGAAGAUUGAGGGGAUAGAUUUUGUAUUGUGCUUUUGGUCUUGUGCUUCUGGUUAUAUGCUGGAAAGAAAUUAAUGUAAAUGAUAUUAAAACUGUAGAUAAACAGUGUAUUCAUUGCAGUAAAUUGAAGUAAUACAAAUGUUUUAGCUACU